GCCAUUAUUCUAACAUCAAAAACGUAAAUAACAGACACUUCUUUUCUUUUUGGCGAACUUCUGCCCGUGAGAACUAUAUUCAAACAAUUUCUUUUACUGUUUUUGUAUCUUAGAAAAGAGAACCAGUUCUAUUAAUAUUUCAUAUUAGUGGUUAUUUAUUUACUGAGUUGAAAUAGUUUACAAUGGGAAAAACCUCAAAGGAUAAACGUGAUAUAUAUUAUCGGCGGGCCAAAGACGAAGGCUGGAGGGCCAGAAGUGCGUUCAAAUUGCUCCACGUGGACGAGGCCUACGGAAUUCUAAAUGGUGUUCAGCGGGCAGUCGAUCUAUGUGCUGCUCCUGGCAGCUGGUCCCAGGUCCUCUCCCGGAAACUCUAUGAUGCCUGCGAAACGGACGAUGAAAAGGCCGCUGUUAAGAUCAUAGCCGUUGAUCUGCAAGCCAUGGCACCGAUCCGAGGAAUACUCCAGCUCCAGGGAGAUAUCACAAAGCAGUCCACCGCAGAAGCAAUCAUCGGUCACUUUGGUGGGAAUGAGAAAGCCCAGUUGGUGGUCUGCGAUGGAGCCCCCGAUGUCACCGGUGUGCAUGAAAUGGACGAGUACAUGCAGCAUCAGUUACUUGUAGCUGCUCUGAGCAUUGCCACCUGUGUACUGGAAACUGGCGGAACUUUUGUGGCCAAGAUUUUCAAGGGUAAUGCCACCUCACUAUUAAGCUCCCAGAUGCAGAUAUUUUUCAAGAAAUUCGACAUCUAUAAGCCGCCGAGUUCGCGCCCUUCGAGCAUUGAAGCCUUUGUAGUUUGCUCCGACUUCUGCCUUCCCGAGGGCUACAUUCCUCAAGUGAUUAACCCUGCUCGAGAUGAUAUACGUCUACUGGCAGAGAAAACCGGGUCAGAGGUAAACCGUCGCCUAGUUCCUUUUAUAGCUUGCGGAGACUUAAACAGGUUAAGUGAUCCCAAAGAGGGCCAGAUUUCCCCCUCAGAUGAAUCCAAAUCAUACGUAGAGUAUGUUUACGAUGCUGUUAUGGACGACGCAUCUUAUCCCCUGGAAUUUAAGGAGAUUCUAAUGCAAGUGUACGAUGAACAAUUCCAUAUCAACUAAAUGUUUCUAAAAUAAAACUUAAAAAUUGAAAUUCAA